AUGAACAAGAUAAUUCUCAUAUUUGGCUUUGGACCUCGUAUCGCUGCAGGUGUAGCUCGUGCAUUUGCCAGCAGGGGCUACAAGGUAGUAGUGGUUUCUCGCACAAAGAAAGCAAUUGAGCCUGGCGACGAUUACCUGUGGAUUCAAGCAGACUUGUCCGAUGCCUUUUCUGUGGAGGGCGUCUUCACUACGGUGAGGAGUAAGCUUGGGAUACCGAGCGUGGUUGUGUAUAAUGCUUUCGCCUUUUCCACAGAAGGAUUUGAUCAGCCAUUAUCGAGUGUAAUCACCGAUGCUCAUAUCAAUACCUUUUCCGCUUAUGCAGCGGCUCAACAGGCAAUGAAAGGCUUCGCCGAACUGCCGCCGGAUGCUUCCAAAACGUUCAUCUACACCAGCAAUAAGCUGCAUCUGAUGCCGAUAGAGCCACUGGUUUCCUUUGGAAUGGGCAAAGCGGCAUCUGCGCACAUGAUUCACUAUUUGGCGGAAGUGUAUAAAUCCAGUGGCUACAAGUUCUACCACACAGAUAAUCGAGAGCUAUCAGGAGUGCCCAGAUACUACAACCCCAGCCCUGAAGCUCAUGGCGAGCACUACUUGAGAUUGGCAGAAGAAAAAGAGCAAGGUCCAUGGAAUAAUACGUUUGUGGAUGGAAAAGGGUAUGUGAAAUUUGAUGAGUCGUUGACAUUCGGAGGCCGUUUCCCCCUCCCAGGCUGA